AGCCGGAGGCGGUGGCAUUUUUAAAAAGCAAGCACAUUGGAGAGAAAGAAAAAAAGAAAAACAAAAGCAAAACAAAACCCAGGCACCAGCCAGCCAGCACAUUUUUUUCACCCCUCCUGAAAACAAACAACCAACCAAACAACCAUCAAAACAGUCACCACCACCAUCAUCAAAACUAACAUAGCAGCGGCGGCGGCAAACGUCACCCUCCGGCCACGGCGUCCACCUGAAGGGAUGGUUUUCUCGGCGGAGCAGCUCUUCGCCGACUGCCUUCUUCACUCGUGCUGAGCGGGAUUUUUGGGCUCUCCGGGUUCGGGCUGGGAGCAGCUUCAUGACUACGCGGAGCGGGAGAGCGGCUACACCAUGCGAGCACAAAUUGAAGUGAUACCAUGCAAAAUUUGUGGCGAUAAGUCCUCUGGGAUCCACUACGGAGUCAUCACAUGUGAAGGCUGCAAGGGAUUCUUUAGGAGGAGCCAACAGAACAAUGCCUCUUACUCCUGCCCGAGGCAGAGAAACUGUUUAAUUGACAGAACCAACAGAAACCGUUGCCAACACUGCCGACUGCAGAAGUGUCUUGCCCUAGGAAUGUCAAGAGAUGCUGUGAAGUUUGGGAGGAUGUCCAAGAAGCAAAGGGACAGCCUGUACGCUGAGGUGCAGAAGCACCAGCAGCGGCUGCAGGAGCAGCGGCAGCAGCAGAGUGGGGAGGCGGAAGCCCUCGCCAGGGUGUAUAGCAGCAGCGUCAGCAGCGGCCUCAGCAGCCUGAGCAACGAGGCCAGUGGCCCUUAUGCCAACGGACACGUCAUUGACCUGCCCAAGUCCGAGGGUUAUUACAACAUGGAUUCUGGCCAGCCGUCCCCUGAUCAGUCCGGACUUGACAUGACUGGAAUCAAACAGAUAAAGCAAGAACCUAUCUAUGACCUCACAUCCGUACCCAACUUGUUUACCUAUAGCUCUUUCAACAAUGGGCAGUUAGCACCAGGAAUAGCGAUGGCUGAAAUCGAUCGAAUUGCACAGAACAUCAUUAAGUCCCAUUUGGAGACAUGUCAGUACACCAUGGAGGAGCUACACCAGCUGGCAUGGCAGACCCACACCUAUGAAGAAAUUAAAGCGUAUCAAAGCAAGUCCAGGGAAGCACUGUGGCAGCAGUGUGCCAUCCAGAUCACUCACGCCAUCCAAUAUGUGGUAGAGUUUGCAAAGCGAAUAACAGGCUUCAUGGAACUCUGUCAAAAUGAUCAAAUCCUACUUCUGAAGUCAGGUUGCUUGGAAGUGGUUUUAGUGAGAAUGUGCCGUGCCUUCAACCCAUUAAACAACACUGUUCUGUUUGAAGGAAAAUAUGGAGGAAUGCAGAUGUUCAAGGCCUUAGGUUCUGAUGACCUAGUGAAUGAAGCAUUUGACUUUGCAAAGAACUUGUGUUCCUUGCAGCUGACUGAGGAAGAGAUUGCUUUGUUCUCCUCUGCUGUUCUGAUAUCUCCAGACCGAGCCUGGCUGAUAGAACCAAGGAAGGUCCAGAAGCUUCAGGAAAAAAUUUAUUUUGCACUUCAGCAUGUGAUUCAGAAGAAUCACCUGGAUGAUGAGACCUUGGCGAAGUUAAUAGCCAAGAUACCAACCAUCACGGCAGUUUGCAACUUGCAUGGGGAGAAGCUGCAGGUAUUUAAGCAAUCGCAUCCAGACAUAGUGAAUACACUCUUUCCUCCGUUAUACAAGGAGCUCUUUAAUCCUGACUGUGCCACCGUCUGCAAAUGAAGGCGAGGAGCGAACUGUUUCAUAGUCAUGGAAUGCAUCACCAUUAAGACAAAAGCAAUGUGUUCAUAAAGACUUAAGGAAAAUGUCACUACUGCAACAUUAGGAAUGUCCUGCACUUACUUAACAGAAUUAUUUUUCACCGCUACAGUUUGAAGAAUGUAAAUAUGCACCUGAGUGGGGCUCUUUUAUUUGUUUGUUUGUUUUUGAAAUGACCAUAAAUAUACAAAUAGAGGACACUGGGUGUUAUCUUUUUUUAAUUUUAUUCAGGUAUGUUUGGGGAGACAACUGUUUAUAGAAUUUUAUUGUAGAUAUAUACGAGAACAGAGCAGUACUUUACAUGAUUACUUUUCCUGUUGAUUGUUCAAAUAUAAUUUAAGAAAAUUCCACUUAAUAGGCUUAACGAUUUCUAUGUUUUUAGAUAGUUGAUGCAUGUGUAAAUUUGUAGCUGUCUUGGAAAGCACUGUGUGUGUAUGUAAUAAGUAUAUAAUAUCUGAGAAUAUUAUAUAUGACUAUUACUUAUACAUGCACAUGCACUGUGGCUUAAAAUACCAUACCUACUAGCAAAGGAGGUUCAGUCAGGCGCUCUUAUGUUAUUUACCUUCUGUGUUAUAUGUUAACUUUAUGUUAGACAAUCAGGAUUUUGUUUUCCCAGCCAGAGUUUUCAUCUAUAGUUAAUAGCAGAAUAGUACCAAUUC